AUAGCAAAGUUUAUUGAAGGAAGUGGUGGCCCAUUUAUUGUAGAAAGCGACCGCUUCCAUGGCUCCCUAUUUUCUUGCUCUCUUCUUCAUCUCUUACCAUGUCUUGUUUUCACACCUAAAGAAUAUCCUAAAAUUUUACCUACAAAUUCCUCAAUCUUCAAACCCCACUUGAAAAAAUUUUCUCCAAAUUCCAUCAAUAAGAUUCAAAGAUUUUUUUGUCCUUUUCCCCUGUUUAGUUUGUGGAGGGUUUUCAAGAAUUCAAUAAAUGGAUACAGACAAUCGGUUUUACUGUCGGAAACGGUCCAGGUUUCGUGGAAUUUUCAAUGGGCUUUGUUUGUCGGUAUUGGUUGUUUUCUUCUUCCGUAGAGAAGAUGUUGUUCAAAGUCCACUUUCCAAGAAAUCUUUCAAAAUUAGUGCUGUUAGAAAGGAAACGAGUUUGAGUUAUCAUCAUUUGGGUGAAAGCAGGGAUAUCAAAUUAUGUGGUGGGUUGUAUAAACAUCAAGGUUACAGUACAAAAUGUGACUACUUGAAGGCAAAUCCUCAUUGUAAUUCAGGGGGUUUCUUGAAUUAUCUUUUCUUCUUUUACUGUACCUGUGAAGGUUUUAGUAUUUUUGGAUAUGUCACUCUUGCUAUUUGGUUGAUUUCUUUGUUCUAUCUUUUGGGAAAUACUGCUGCUGAUUACUUCUGUUGUUGUCUUGAAAAGCUAUCAAAUUUGUUGAAAUUGCCCCCAACUGUAGCAGGAAUUACUCUGCUUCCUUUAGGGAAUGGGGCGCCUGAUGUGUUCGCUAGUAUUGCUGCUUUUAUGGGUAGUGAUUCUGGGAAGGUGGGGUUGAAUAGUGUUCUUGGUGGUGCUGUUUUUGUUACAUGUAUUGUAGUUGGUACUGUUUCCUUGUGUGUUGCAGAACAAUGUAUACAGAUUGAUAAGAAGUGCUUUAUUAGGGAUGUCUGUUUCUUUAUUAUAGCUCUCCUUUCACUUCUUGCUCUUCUGAGUCUAGGCAAGGUGGCGGUUUUAGGUGCUGUUGCCUUUAUCUCUAUUUAUUUGGUGUAUGCUGCUUUUGUUGCUGCAAAUGAGAUGCUUAGGGAUCGCGAGACUAGUUUGAAGUUGGAUUUAAUUGCUCCUUUGUUACCAGUUACAUCGAGUAGCAUAGAUGGAGAGAGCGAUUCUUCUUUAGGUGGGCCGGAAUCAGCAGAUGGAUUGCUGCAGCUACAAGCUCCGCUGCCACAUUGGAUGUGGUCUUCAAAUGUCGCAAUCUUCUCUGAUGAAGUUGUGAAGGAUAAUUCUGUAGGAAAUAGUCCAAUGGAUUUGUGGGGUUGGAAUGAACAUGAUGAUGUCGAUGUCCAGUCUUCUUCCUUAUCCUGUUCUAAGUUGUUUGCACUGCUAGAAAUACCAUUGACACUCCCAAGAAGGUUAACCAUCCCCAUUGUUGAUGAGGACAGAUGGUCAAAACUGUAUGCUGUUUCUAGUGCUUCUUUGGCACCCUUGCUUUUAGCAUUCCUUUGGAACACUCGGGACAAUUUGAGUUGCCCUGCUACCACUGCAUAUGUUGUUGGUGCUGUAGUUGGUGGUAUAUUUGGAGGUGUUGCAUUUGUCUAUACCUCAGCUGAUCAUCCGCCUAAAAGAUUCUUGUUUCCAUGGCUCUUGGGAGGCUUCUUUAUGAGUAUUAUUUGGUUCUAUAUCGUGGCAAAUGAACUAGUGGCUCUGCUAGUGGCAUUUGGUGUUAUCUUUGGUGUCAAUCCAUCAAUUCUAGCGUUAACCGUCUUGGCAUGGGGAAACUCUAUGGGUGACUUAAUGUCAAAUGUUGCAAUAGCAAAUAAUAGUGCAGAUGGUGUGCAGAUUGCCAUGUCAGGAUGUUAUGCAGGUCCUAUGUUCAACACCCUUGCUGGUUUAGGCAUCUCCAUGCUCCUUGGAGCCUUGUCGAGUAGGCCAGAACCUUUUAUCCUUCCAAGAGAUGAUAGCUUGUAUUACACAAUGGGAUUUCUAAUGUUGGCACUUGUUUGGGCACUCAUUGUGCUACCUCGGAACGAUAUGCGGCCUAGCAAGUCAUUGGGAUUGGGACUUAUGACCAUAUAUGUAGUAUUUCUAUCAAGCAGGGCAAUGCUAGCCAUAGGAGAUGGUUCACUUCAUGGUAUGAGCUAAUUUAAGUAGAAAAAGUUCCACAGUAACUCAUCCCUUUUUUUUUGGGCAUAGCUAUUGGAACUAUUAUGUGUAAGAUGUUGCAAAUGCUCCUUAUAGAAAUUGUCUCUAUGUACUGUUGCAACACAAAGUGGCAAGAUAUCUUAUGUAUAUAUACAAGAAAAAAAGUAUAUAGGAGUACUUAGUUAUUUGCAUAUUCUCAUUCA